AAUAAUAAAUAAAAAAACAUUUCAAGUUUCUCUAUUUCCACUCCUGUUUUGAAACUCAAUCUGCUUAUCAGCUUUUCUCUUUGGCUAAUGAGAUAUUGGAAGGCACUCACCACUCUUGCUGAUCCAACAUUGCAAGCCUGCAUUACAUGCCUGAGUCAAUGUUUCAGAGUAGAGACAGACUGAGCGGUACAAGGCUCCGUUACCCAUGUAUGAGCAUAGGUGUUUAUCAGCACCAGACAGGAAAACAUUUAAAUGUGAGGGUGCAUUUUCCCAAACCCUAUGAUUAUACACUUAAGACUAGAAUAUAACGCAUUCCCAUCCAGCACAGGCAAGUUCUCCCCUGCUCAUUACUGUGUGACACACACACACACACUGUCAGCCUCAUCCCUUUACCAACCUGCAUAUCAUUGCUAGUGUUCUUUUUGACUCUUAACAAAUCCAACAACUUGGCACAACACGCUGGGAGACACACACUCUGCAAGGUUAAAACAUCUCAGGUUGCACGUGUUCACAGUUGUGAGCUUGUGUUUGUGCACUCGUUCAGCCUAGAUAUCACUAGACACAUACGCUUUCAACAGAAAACAUGAGGCUACAGGACAUUAUAGCAACCUCAGUGGCAUUUAUUAGAGAAAACUAAAUUGCCAACAACAUUAAAAUGUGCAACAAAUGCAAAGAGCCCCAGAGCUAAUUGUUCAAAGGUGGAAAAGUCUUUGACAGUGUAACAUAUGACAACCAGAUGUUGUCAUAUGUUUAGUUGCACAUUUGCAAAACAGCAUUCAUCUGCUGUCUCUGCAGAAUUAAAACUAGCAUUGACCUUCAGUAAUUUCCAGCAUUUGCCACUCUAACCCUUAGUUACAAUACAUGAGAAGGAUAAAAACUGUCAUUUAUUUCCUCAGCUGGCAUUCCCUGCAUGUCUGACCAGUUCCGGUUCCCCUAAUCUCAUUCCACUGUACCUCAGCACACCCUCGGACAGAGAGAGUAUUGUGUCAGAUCUGUAUGACUUAUGCAUCGCCAGGGUUGUUUGCUCUCAGACAGAGUCCAAGCUGAUUAUUCAUAUCCCUUAGGUCUGCCAAGGGGGGACCAUCCGCUGUGGUUGAGGGCAAGGACGUAUGUAAGGAAGUGGUUUAAGUUAUUGAGGUUCAGCUUUUUUUUCCCCCGUGUGUGGUGUAUUUUGUGGAAAAAAACUGUCACUGAGCCAUACGGACGAAAGUCAUUGGCACCGGUUUUGACUUGAAAAACAAAAUUCCUAACCUCUCCGCACCCGUGAGACACAGGGUUUGAUUUCCAGUCAGCGCCGCAACAAGAUCAACAAACCUUUUAGGUUUCAGCACACAGCAGAAUCUCCCACUAUUUUUGUCUUUGUGACAGUGCAGUCGAGGAGUUUCAGCAUAACAGCUAGUGUGCCACCAUUUCACUCUGUCUCCCCCACUUCUACAAGAGUGGAUUUAGAAAUGCUGUGAGCUCACAGUGUUUUGUACACAACAGCAAGGAAAAAUACUGGGUGUAUUACAGUGAUGCUAGGACCCGGAGUAUAUGAUUAGUAUUUCACUGUCCCACACACAAAGACACACAGAGACAUAUAUAUACACACAUUUUAGCUGUGUCUUUCAGCUGACUCCCCCACCCCAGCCUCACCAGCUGUUGUGGUGAAUGAUAAACCCCCAAACUCCAAUUGUGUAUAUCACCCACCGCUAAAACUAAAUUCCCUUUAGUUGUUUUACACACCCAAAUUGGUAUUUGUGCGGCAGUCACAUAAUUGCACGUUUGGUUGGUAAAUCAAGAACUCUGGCAAGCCAAGGCUCUGAAGGCUACCCUCAAACUAUAGCCUUGGGAUAGCUAUUAAUAUCCCCUACAGACACCAGCAAAAUGCUCUGCCUCUCAGCUCUGUUACAGAGACUCUACAGCAAAAGUUUCAAAGAACACAUUUUAGCGCAGAAAUGAAAACCGGUGGAUAUAUUGCACAAGUGGAUCAUGACCAAAUGAAACAAAAUAGUCAUACUGUCUAGACUAGGGCUAAAAGUGGCAUGUCAUUUAGCAUUACAAAUGGAGCUGAACGGUAAAAUGUAGUUUUUCAGGAGUGAUGAAGAAGUUAACUGGGUUGGCUUAUUUUUAAACAGUUUCCUGUAGUUAGAGUGAAUUGGUUUUGGUCCUGGUGUAAAAGAUCUCUUAAGGUUUUCUAAUGCUGAAUAUUUAUGCCUCUCUCCCUCAACCUUCAGAAAAAAGGUGGCAAAGAUAACAAAGACAUGGGUCCUCCUACACACUCAAAAAAGGGUGUUGUUUCGAACCCAUGCAGGGGCUGAGUGUGUAAACGGACACACACACACAGACGGGUAUUGUCUCUCACUCCUUCGCUCUCUCUCUCUCUUCCCCCUCUCUCUCCUCCUUUUCUUCCUCCCCCUCACAUCUGGACUUUUGGCAGGGCUUGGUUCCUGUGUGGUGUGUGUGUACAUUGGGGGGUGGGGGGGGUUAGUUUUAGGGUUGGGCAGGUUCAAGCAGCCCACACUGUGCAAAUCUGAUCAGUUCAAGAUUUUGAGCCUCAUUGUGUCUUACAGUGUGAAGAAGUCAGACCAUUAAAGCCACCACCAUCACCAGGAUGCCUCUGAUUUUUUAAAAAUGAUUAUUGUCAUUGUGACCUGAGAAUUUCAUUUACCUCCUCAUCCAGUGUUGCAAAUAUUUGUUACUAAAAGCAAAAAUGCAGACAUGACUAAAUUUGAAUAUAGGUUGGAACAAAUCAGCUGUUUUCAAUCUUGUGAUUUUGGCCAAGUUCAUCUGUUUAAUUCCUGUUUCCAUAAAGUUUCCUUAUUGAGUUUCUGUUCCAGAAAUUCAAACUGGGCCACGUAAUAAGAAUUAAUACUGCAAACUGUCAUGAUUUCCAGUGAUCGGUUUUGUGUUUUCACUCAUGAAGUGUGAAGACAUAGAUUGCAGUGACUGAGGAAACAGCCCAUUCUUUGUGUUUUGCAAUUUUCCACAGAAAAUUCUAUUUAAAAAAAACAGACAAAAUGCAUACAAUUCACACAUGUACAAACAUGUGGGUGGUGGGGCAGCAAAACCAAAAGUAAAGAGGAACCAUGUGGGAGGAAAUAUGACCAUGAGGUCAAACUCAGAUUAAAUAUUUUUUUCCCCCACUGAAAGGUAGGGCUCUACUCUGGGGACACGAGGCAGAUUUUCAGUCUCUCCAGCCAACACUCCCCCGUGUCCAUCUUGCUCUUAUUACUAUAUAUUUAAUGCUAUUGUCUCCUCCUGUUGUGAUGCAUUUCUAGAGAUAAGUAGACCCAAUCCACAUGUGAUUUAUCUCACAAGGUUUUGGGAUAAACUUUGGGCUAACAUCACCUACACUUCUGCUCCCUCUGGCAUAUGCUGUAAAUCUACAGGCUUUCCCUAUAGAGACCAAGAUAUAUUCAUUCAUUGCUUCAUUCAUUUCAUUAAGAGUGUAAAAGAAGAUGCUGACAAAUAGGAACAUACUGCAGAUAACUUGUAAGACUUGUAAGAUUGUCCCAAUACUGACUAAUUCCAAAAAUGUGCUGUAACAAACUCACACCAGAUCUGUAUUCCUUGCAGGUUUGCAGCAGAGGUACCACAGUUGUGUCCAGUUUAAAGUGGACAGUGGCAAAGAGGGAGUAGCCCACCAUUUUAUAAAACUCCUCAGUAACCCAAAAUUAGCGACACAGUGUGCUGUGAGUUUCUUAUAUGCAGUGCAGGGUAAAGAGAAAGGAAGGGACAUUAGAAAUAUGUAAUGUAGAUGGCAAUUCAAACAGUCAACAUGGAGCAAUUACACUUCCAACAACCUCAAGCAAACAUGAGCUCAACCCACAUGGAGAAAAACACAUUACACAGCAGGAUCACUGGCGGACAUGAGAAGACGCAGCACCGCUCUUUCUCAGAUUCUAAGACAAUGAUGGAGUUAAUGACAGUUGACCCUUUCUAUAUCAUGAAUACAACAGAUGUCGGUGGAAGAAAUGGCUCUUUGUAUGAGGACGACGAAGAGUAUGACUACGAUCAUACUGAGCUGAAACAGUCUCUGAACAUCAUGUCUCUCAUUGUUUACUCCCUGGCCUUCGUUCUUGGUGUGCUCGGGAAUGGAGUGGUUAUCUGGGUGACUGGGUUCAAGAUGAAGAAAACAGUUAACACAGUUUGGUUCCUCAACCUCGCUGUGGCCGACUUCCUCUUCACAGCAUUCCUGCCCCUGAGUGUGACAUACACAGCCAUGGAUUUCCACUGGCCUUUUGGCAACUUCAUGUGCAAAGUGAACAGCACCAUAAGUUUUCUAAACAUGUUUGCCAGUGUCUACAUCCUGGUGGUGAUCAGUGUGGACAGAUGUGUGUCUGUGGUGUGGCCCGUCUGGGCCCAGAACCACCGAAGUGUACGCAAGGCGUCCUUUGUGAGUCUGGGUGUUUGGGUACUGGCUCUGAUUCUCAGUGGUCCAUACUUCAUCUUCAAGGACACUGGGCCAUCAUAUCAUAAUGAAAACAUUAUCAACUGCUUCACCAACUUUGCUCUCUCUGAUGAUUAUGAAACACCAUCUGUGACUCAGCUGCGACAUUUUCGUCAUCAGGCCAUGACCAUCACUCGCUUCCUCCUGGGAUUUGUUGUCCCCUUCACUGUCAUCGUCUCCUGUUAUGCUGUGAUAAUCCAUCGUCUCAGGAGGAACCGCACCUUGGCCAGCCAGUCAAGUCGGCCCUUUAAGAUUAUUGCUGCUGUUAUCACCACUUUUUUCUUGUGCUGGGCUCCUUAUCACAUAAUGGGUCUAAUUGAGAUGGUUAAUCACACCGUUAGCCAUUCAAGUGAAAUAUUAGACCAAGUCACCACUAUCGGUGUGCCUAUAGCCACCAGCCUGGCCUUUCUCAACAGUUGUCUGAACCCACUGCUGUAUGUGUUCAUGGGCCAAGAUUUCAAGGAUAAAGUCCGCAAAUCCAUCCUGAAUGUAUUGGAGACUGCUUUCCAGGAGGAGGUUUCUCGUUCUUACACCUACACAAACUCGAUGGUCACCAGUCGGAGUAAAGAGAAGUCUGUCUCUGAUGCAGAGGUAUAAGGUUGCCCAUGAUAUGAUUGAAAAAAUACUGUAACUGUACAUAGGAAAUAUAACUGUAUAUAACAAAUAACAUUCUCUUUUAGCUUUUGUUGUUCUAUUAUUCAAGACAAUCUCUAUAUAUUAUCUGAGACUGGAACAUUUCACCUGUUGCAUUUUGACUAUUGUACACAAACAGUAUGUAUUUUAAUACCUAAAACAACUUGAAUACACCUACACACAUGCAAAAGUAUCCAAACUGAAUAACAUGUAAAGCAAGUGUCAACAUUUAUCUUUUGAGUAGAAGUGGUUGUUCUUCAUUAUGCAACUCUGUUGUAAGCUGCACUCUGUACCAGGUGCAUGUGUAAUGUGCCAUUUUUGACAAGACACAGCUGUUAUGAUCUCAAAACAGGUAGUACAUUACUUUAUAGUUACAUUUGUGCAACACAAGAUGUUGUAAGAUUUGACUGACAAAGGGAACUAAAAAUCUGUCUUGUAUAUUCCAGUUGUUGAUUAUUAUGCCCUUGCCUGUAUGGGACAGCAAAUAAAAUUAGUAGUUGCAGUUGUUUAUAAGCCAUGAUUGUAAACAUUUUUAAUCAUUAGAAAUGCAGGCUCAUCAUCUAAAUAUCAUAGUAACAAGAGUAUAUUAAAGAAGACUGUGUUUAUUUUGCUGUAAACUAUGGAUAAGAUAUUUUACUGAAUAUAAAAUCUACAGUGUGAAAUAGUGUUGUGUAACUGCUGCACAAACAGUUUUAUGGAAAGUUAAUUUCCCAACUUCCCCCUCAGGCCAGCCACUGAUGCCGUGAUAUGUGUAUUCAUUCAUUCAGCUGAAUUUCAAUUGCCACAUGUCCACUGCAUGCUUUGAUAAACAUGUUAUUCAGCAUAAGAACAGUCUAAUGCAAAUCUAAUAAAUAAAUAUGUUAUUAACAGAUUAUUCUGCUUAAAGUAGCAGCUGCAUUGUAAGGCUUAGUAUGAUGUUUUGUUAGUUGUUUUUUGAGGGGACCUGUCUGUGACCCUCAUUGCAUGCAUGUUGUGCUAAGAUCUGAGAAUGUAUCAUUUAAGGAAAAUUAACUGGAAAGAUCCAUCCGUUGUCAAAAUCAUUGCAGAUAAAUUAUUGUAAAUCAACUGUCUAAUUGAAUGGGCAAAAAAUGGAACGACACACUUAUUCUAUGUAAUGUAUGACUUUGAUUUAUAUGGCAUAUUGUGACAUAACACGAACCUCUUUAUGAAAGCUUUAUUCUUUUGUAAACAGUGUCAAUCAUAAUUGUACUUUUGAUUCAUAAAUGAUGAUAAUGAUGAUGACUGUGAUCAUGUUUCUUGUUGUUAUCAUUAUUUGGAUCAUUAAAAUAUUCUCUGGACUCUCUA